AUGAAAGUCCAUCUGGGUUGGUUGAUCCCGAUAUUCUUAGCUGCGGUUGCUCUGACGCCGCCGGUUGUCAUGGUUACCGGCCAGACGCCUACAGAACAAGACCUGCAGCAGGCGGUCUCCCAGGCUAAAUCGGAGAUGGAGGUUGUAGCGACUGCGAAACUAGUCUCAGGAGGUCCUGGGCCAGAGGAAAAUCAGUUCUCGGGAGCUCUGAACGUGUUGGCUACGGAACACCGCUCCACCCCGAUGGCCAAAGAGCUCAGCAGAUGUGCCACCGUGUUGGAGAAGGUAGCAGCAUACUUCAUGGGCAGUAGUAUUAGCUACUCUCUAGCGAUGCUGUCCGCCAUUGACUCCCAGAGCGUGACAAGCGUCUGUGACGACACCUCCAUGAAGCCGAUCACGUGUCCCACACCAGCCGUCCCAGAGUUCCGUUCGGCAAACGGCCGUUGCAACAACCGGGACCACCCCCUGUGGGGAAGUGCUGAGCAACCCUUGAGAAGGCUGCUGGAACCAGACUACGGCGACGGCUUCAAGGCACCCCGCACGACUGCGCGUGACGGCGACCCCCUCCCCAGCGCCCGGCUGGUCAGUACCACCAUGCACGAGGACCUGCGGAAAUCCAGCCAGGUCAACACCCACAUGGUCAUGCAGUUCGGACAGUUCCUGGACCACGACAUCACUCUCACACCCAACUUCCAGGAAGAAGGACUUGACUGUGGCUGCGACUCCGUAGACGAGCACUGUUUCAACAUCAACAUCCCGUCUGACGACCCUGACUUCUCCGGAAGCCGCUGUUUGGGGUUCGCACGCUCCCGUUCCUGUCCGUACGGAGGGUGCCACAUGGGCUGCCGGCAGCAGCUGAACCAGCUCACCGCCUUCGUGGACGCCUCCAACGUCUACGGCUCCUCGGAGGAAGAGAUAGAGGAGCUCAGAGAACAUGCCGGAGCACCGGAACAAAUUCGACGCGCGCGAGCCUGUGAAGACGAAACAUUGGCCAUUAGUUGUCCCACUGGAGAACAGAUCAACAUUGUGUUCGCCCUGUACGGCCGGACCUUCCGGGGAAUUUGCUCCAACGGUCCCAUUCUCACCACCGACUGCCGAAGCCGCAACAGCCGAGCCCGCGUGAGGACUCGCUGCCAGGGGAAGUCCAGCUGCUCCGUGACGGCCUCCAGUAGCGUGUUCGGGGAUCCUUGUGCUGGAACCUCCAAGUUCCUGGUUGUUAGAUAUACCUGCAGCGGAGGUCGCGGCAUGCUGAAAUCCAGACUGAACCCCGCGGACGCUAACCAGAAGGAGCUCCUGCCCGCCGCCGUAGAGGAGGGCUUUGCGUGUGAUGGAUUUAACGGGUCCGAGACGUGCUCGCAGGCCGGGGACGUCCGUGUGAACGAGCAGCCGGGACUGACCUCAAUGCACACCGUCUUCCUGCGGGAACACAACAGGAUCGCCAGGCGACUCUCCCAACUCAACCCGCGCUGGGACGACGAUCGGGUGUUCUUCGAGACCAGGAAGAUCGUCGGCGCGCUGAUGCAGAAGAUCACGUACGGGGAGGACCUUCCUCACGUUCUCGGUCCGGACGCCAUGACCAAGUUUCACCUGACCCUCCUCCAGAGCGGGUUCUUCUCCGGGUACGACGCGAGCGUGAACCCCACCAUCUCUAACGUCUUCGCCACGGCAGCCUACCGAUUCGGCCACAGUCUGGUUCAGAACCUUCUCCUCCGCUUUACUCCUGACAACCAGGACAGCAGAUGCCCGAUUCAGCUCGGCUUGGCUUUCUUCAAUCCGUCCCACAUCUUUGACAACGACCAAGGCGGCCCGGACUCCAUCCUACGGGGACUGACCGCCCAGGCACAACAGGACUUCGACCGGUUCAUGGUCUCGAGCCUGACGAAGCAGCUGUUCGCGGUUCCUCCCGGGUCAGAUCGCGGCCUGGACCUGGCGGCGCUGAACAUCCAGCGGGGCAGAGACCACGGGCUUCCCGGCUACAACGCCUGGAGGGAGAAGUGUGGCCUGCCCAGAGCCAACAACUUCGACGAACUGGCGUUUGAAAUCCCAGACUGUUUCACCCGAAAGAGGCUGGAGAAUGUGUACAGGCAUGUGGACGAUAUCGACGUGUUCGUGGGGGGCCUGGCCGAGGAGUCCGUGCCGGGCGGUGUCGUCGGUCCAACCUUCGCCUGUCUGAUCGGCCUGCAGUUCCAGAAUCUCCGCAAGGGGGACCGCUUCUGGUUCGAGAAUCCCGGGCAGUUUACAGCAGCCCAACUUGCGGAGAUCAGGAAGACCAGUCUGGCCCGGAUCCUGUGCGACAACACGGACGGCACCACACACAUGCAGCCGGACGUCUUCAGCCUGCCCACACAGCCGGGGAACGAGAGGGUGGCGUGCUCCUCUCUGUCCCAGAUGGACCUGACCAAGUGGCAGGAGUAG